AUGCCAAUAGCACAAUCGAGAGUUGAACAAGUACAAAUACGCAAAUUGAUAUAUUCGGUUCGUACGUCGGAUUUUAUCACUGUGAAACGAAUAUGUGAAAAAGGAACGAAUGGUAUUAUUAAUUAUAAUAACCCAGAUGACGGUGAUACACCACUGAUGACCGCUGUUUUACGAAAUGACGAAGUUAUGAUACAAUUUUUACUCGAUUUAGGUGCAAAUUGUAAUCGUCGAACUCCGUUAAUGAGAGCUGCUGGACAUGGAUUUGUUGAAUCGGUAUUAACGCUAAUUAAUGCCAAAGCCGAUACAACUAUUCGUGAUGUUAACGGAUAUGAUGUCUUAUUUUCCUGUUUAAGUGAUGGUUCUACUCGACAACAAGAAUGCUUCUUUCUAAUAUCUAAGAUAAUUACUAAUUUUGAUACAAAAUCAUCGAAGGGAAAACCAUUAUUAGUUGCUGCCUGUGAAAAAGCUAUAACAAAUGAAAGAUUAUGUCUAGAGUUGAUUAAUCGAGCUGCCGACGUUAAUAUCAUAGACGAAGUAUUACAUACUGAUGUGUAUAUUUGUUAUAUUGAAACAAAUGGACGUGCGUGUUUUUUUCAGACAACAGGACUAAGUCCAUUAAUGGCUGCUUGUGAAUCAGGUAUGAUAUCGAUCGUACGCGAAUUAUUGAAAAGAGGUGCAAAAGUGAACGGACGAGAUAGACAAGGACAGACACCGGUGCAUGCUGCUGUCAAAUCAAGAAAUUUCAAUCUAUUACCAAUCUUAUCUGCUUACAACGCUUCAUUUAACGUUGAAGAUAUUAAUGGUAACACACCUGUUCAUUUAGCUGCCAAAUUUAACAUGGGACAAAUGAUCAAAUAUAUGGUUCAAAGAGGUGCUGAAACAAAAGUGAGAAAUCGUGAUAACGUACUUCCGAUAAAAAUUGCCAAAUCUCAAAAGAAUAAGGAUGCAAUAAAAAGUAUUCAGUUGUUAGAAAAGAAAAAUUACCAUAAACUAUUGUCAUCGCCACGAUCCAAUCCAGAUCGUGAUUAUAAAAUAUAUUUAUACGAUUUUAUUUACGAAAAUCAAGAUCGUUUACAACGUCGAUUUGAUCACGUACGUGUUCAAUCAGCCGAUCGUGUCCCCUCUCGUGAAAUGAAAACAAUUUUAGCUGAAGAAGGUUUUACUCAAAUUCAUCAAGAUGAUCUGAAUGAUUUAAUUAUAUUACACGAAACAAAUCCAAAUGAAUUUGACUAUAAAACAUUUUUGAGUGGAAAGUUAUUCGUAGAAAAAGCGUAUAUGAUGCAACAAUUUUUACCAAAAAACAAGAAGAAAAAGAAGAAAAAAGUAGCUAAAAAACAAACUUCAAUACCGAUUGCGUUGAGGGAUGAAGGACCAAGGACUUUGAAUGGAAACCCACCUCUAGUUUAUAUUCCAAAACAUCAAUUUAUUACGGAUGUCAAUCGAUUUUCACGUGAUCAUAUACCUAAACACAUAGCGAACGAUGAUUCAGCAUGGUAUCUGGAUAAAACAGAGCCAAAUUUUGUUCAUAUUAAUAAUGCUGCCAAACGCGGGGAUCUUCACACUAUGUUAGAUGCAUUCAAAAUGGGUGUUCCUGUUGAUAUCCAAGAUAAAUAUUAUACAACACCAUUGAUGGUAGCGAGUGCAAAUGGCGAUGUAGAAACAGUCAAAUUUUUAAUUGAGUGUGGAGCAAAUGUUAAUCUUUCUGAUAAUUUCAAGUGGACACCAUUACAUCAUGCAGCUCAUGCUGGUCAUCUGGAUUGUGUGAAGUUGCUUGUGGAAAAUGGUGCAAGAGUCAAUACAGAAUCCAUAACUAAAGCCACUCCGUUGAGUAGAGCCAUUGAAAGUUCAGCAUACGAAGUUGUAGAAUAUCUGUUGGAAAAGCGAGCUGUUGUGCAGCAUGAAAAUAUAAUGGGUAGAAAAAAAUUUCAUCUUAUCAACUUUCACGAAUAA